AUGUCGUUGGUUCUGCCGGACUGGGUGUCUCACGACAUGGAAGGGGAUGGGCAGGUGACGAAGAGGGUCACAAUAUUCAGCAUACAUGUCCAUCCAGACGGUAGCAGAAUAGCUACAGCUGGCUUAGGUGAGUCAAAAAGGUUGAUGGCGCCCGCGGCAAACCAUUGCCCAUCUCACGUAUAAUACCGUUCGAUGCAUUGGCCUUGCGUCUCGCUCAUCUCCGAAUUCAGACUCCAAGAUCAAGGUCUGGGCCACUGCUCCAAUACUCGAUCCCAAAGUCGAGAGUGACAGUGCCGCUAGCAGGCUUCUAUGCACUCUUGCACGUCACAGCGGUGAGCGCGGCAUCUAGUGUCUUUGAAAUUGGGUGACGUGACGUGCCUAGCUCAACUGCUCUUUUCUUCUGCCAUCCACCAUUGGCAGGCUCCGUACUAGUCGUGCGCUGGUCUGCAUCAGGCAGAUUCUUGGCUUCGGGAUCAGACGACACGAUCGCGAUGGUUUGGGAUCUGGACCCCACUGGUCUAGCGUCAGGCUCCGUCUUCGGAGCAUCGGAUGCUGAAGCCAACAUUGAAGCAUGGAGACCUCAUCGGCGACUAGCAGCGCAUGAAUCGGACGUCGUGGACUUGGCGUGGAGCACCGAUACGGACGACGCAUACUUGGCCACUGUGGGACUCGACAGCGCAGUAUACGUUUGGUCCGGGCCUAGGCCUGGACCCGGAAGCUUUGAGCGGAUCAAGAAAAUCGACGGACACGCGGGUUUUGUGAAGGGAGUGGUUUGGGAUCCUGUUGGUGCAUUCUUGGCUACUGCCUCUGACGACAAGAGUGUGAGGAUUUGGAAUGUAGAAAAGGGCUUUACAGAAGAGGUUGUCGUCACGGCACCUUUCAAGACCAGCCCUAGCACCAUUUUCUUCUCAAGACCGAGGUAAGUUUGGAUGGGAUUGUGAAGAUUGUUCGGCUGGCGUCCGUAGACUACUAAUCACCUGCUCUUCUUGGAUCGGACUAAGUUGGUCACCUGAUGGAGCUCAUCUCCUCUGUGCGAAUGGAAUGUCCGGACCGGUAUUCGUGGCCACUGUUGUUGAGCGUCCGACUCCCGAGCGGGGCAGCUGGACUAGCGACAUACACCUCGUCGGCCACGAGAACAGCGUCAUCGCCACUGCGUUCUCACCCAAGUUUUUCAAGUCCAGAGACCCUCAUCCAAACCCUUCGCCAGCGACUGUUCUGGCUCUGGGCUCCUUGGACGAAAGCAUAAGCAUUUGGAUCACUGGACAACAGAGACCCUUACUUGUAUCCAAACACGUCUUCGAAAGGCAACCCAUGGAUCUCAGCUGGUGAGUUUGCUGGGGCGGAUGUAUGUGAAGCACUCAAACUGACCCUUGUUUGGCCGCUUUGAAGGUCUUCUGACGGCUUGACACUGUACGCCUGUUCUGCUGAUGGUCGCGUCGCGGCUUUCAUGCUCAACGAAGAGAUUCUCUCUCCUCUAGAGACAGAGGAAAAAUUGGAGACAGCUCGAGCUUCCUUCGGAUGGCGCAAAUCCCGGCGAGUGCUGUACCAGGUACCGCCUGCCCCUCCUGCUCAGCACAUUGGAUCCGACGGUACCAAUGUAUUAAUCCCGAGGAGGAGAGGUGUGCCACCAUUGAAUGGCAGAAACGCUGGCACUUCAGCGCCGGCUGGUAGCACACCUCAACGUUUGGUCCAAAACAUAACCCGAGAUGCGAAGGGUAGACGAAGGAUUCAGCCAACGUUGGUCGGAAGCGGGUCGAAUCCUGGCUCCGACUAUCAAGCAGCCCUUCGCUCUAGUGACGACAACGCAAUGCAAAUAGACGGCACACUCCAACACGUCGGACCUUCGCUGCUCCCUGCCUUGGGCGGAUACGGUCAACUUUCUGCGGCUCACACCUUUGCGUCCACCUCUGCGACGUUGGCGGAGUUGCUUGAUGCUGAUGCUUCGACGCGACGAGGCAAAGAUGUGGGACGCACACUUGGCGGAGAGUCCUCUUUGAAGCCGCCUUUGCAGGUGAUGAACCUUGGACUCCCAAACGCUGCACCGUCGCAUUUCAAUCCGCCUUCCAUUCUCUCGUUCUACACUCGAGAAGGCCCUGGAUGCGUCUUUGAAGCAUAUAAUUCCAUUGGUGGCAGUGAGUCUCGCGCAUGCGCCCGCAAUUGUAUGAGUGAACCUUGCACUUACUCGGAUUGCCUCUUACCAUUUUACUUCUUACCAUUUUACUCAGAUACGCAAAUUUUGUUGAGAGUCGAUGAUGGAAAGGGCAUCGCUUGGAUAGACGUGCUGCACUCUCCAGUCAUUGCUGCUACCAGCACCUCUUCCUUCACUGCAGUAUCGCUCGAAAAUCGAGAGGUCCUCAUUUAUUCCCAGAAAGGUCGACGCGUGUCGAGCUUCAUACUGGAACACCACGUCUUCAGAGCGGAGGCUAGCGGCAACACGCUUGUCAUUGUAGAUCUCAAUGCCGAUCUGCGUCGAUGGAAUGUAGAAUUGGGCGAGAGUAACGGUCAGCUCGUCUCGGUCAAGGGCUUGAUCCAAUCUCCCACCGGUGCAAAUGCGGUAAAGUUCUGGGUGCACGGCAAUGGCUCGCCAGUCUUCAUUCUCUCCGACGAGACCGCUUAUACGCUGAACGCUGCUCAGGCCGCGUGGACAUGCGUCUCGAGUGGUUGGUGGGCUGUGAGCAGCGCGGCAUGGGAUGCGAGAGCAAGAGGUCGCGAGUCGGUCGGCGCAUCUGCCAGCAACAACGACGCCUUGGCUGGCUCGUUGGCCAGAGAACCUGUCAAAUACAUCGAGAGAGCCAUCAACGAUCUUCGCGUAUCGAGUCCAGAUACUGCCAGGCAGUACCCAUCGCUGAUCGUAAACGGAUCUGCGGAAUCGGAAGCAUCAAUCGCUUGCACGCUCCGACACUUGGAGAGCAGGUUGUUGGCUGCUGAGCUUCUCGAGUCACCGCUCGAGUACAGGUCAUUCUUGCAACAGUACGCAAGGAAGCUGGCCGAUGAAGGCAUCAGAAACAUGGCUGAGGAGCUCAUCAAGAGUUUCUUGGGUCCAAUCUAUUAGUGAGUCGCUCCAUUCUUGGUCUAGCACAGAUGUGAGCAGUCUGAGCACAAGAUAUAGCAUAGCUGAUGCGCGCGCCCAUCUUGACGUCCCCGCAGCAAAACGCACGCGCAAGAAACGUGGAAGCCGCAGAUCCUUGGUCUCAACAAGCGCGAAUUGUUGGCCGAGGUUCUCAAGAUCAUGGCCAAAUCUCGGCUCUUGCCAGGAUUGGUCCAGACGUACGCUGAGCAUCUUCGCAACGUUUCCGCCAGAUAA